AUGGGCGAAUCUCGACAAGAGCUUGUUCAAUGGCUGAACAACCUCCUCCAGCUCAACAUCACCAAGGUCGAGCAAUGCGGCACCGGCGCCGCACUCUGCCAGGUCUACGACAGUAUAUACAUGGAUGUGCCCAUGCACAAGGUCAAAUUUAACGUCAAUGGCGAGUAUGCAUACGUUCAAAAUUUCAAGGUGCUGCAAAACGCUUUUGCCAAGCACCAGAUCGACAAGCCUAUCCCGAUCGAGCAGCUCGUCAAGUGCAAGAUGCAGGACAACCUCGAGUUCUUGCAAUGGACGAAAAAGUUUUGGGAUCUCAACUUUCCCGAUCACGAAUACGAUGCGGUGGCCCGCCGAAAGGGAGGCACGCUUGCGACCGCCGGAGCCAAGGCACCUGCAGCUACCAACAGCGGUGCCAGAAGAGGUGGCAUCACACCGAGCGCCCCUGGUCGCGCCGCCCCUAGAGUCGGCGGUGCGCCGUCGGCCGCCCUCCAGCAAGAGAAUGCCACUCUGAAGGAGACUGUCGUGGGCCUGGAGCGCGAACGCGAUUUUUAUUUCAGCAAGCUGCGUGACAUUGAGCUUCUCAUCCAGCAGGCCAUUGAUGAGGACCCCGAGCUGGAAAAGCAGGAAGACGGUCUUGUGAAGCACAUCCAAACCAUCUUGUACUCGACCGAGGAAGGCUUUGAAAUUCCUGAGGAAGGGGAAGCCGUGGACGACCAGGAGACGUUUUGA